AUGUCCGAGUCCAACGCGCAAGAACGUCGUCAGCGCCUGCCUAUCCCUCCUGAGAAGCGCAAGUCGCUGCGCCUCUGGGCUACGGGUGCGCGCGAAGAAAUAUUGUCCCCAUUCAUCCCAGACUAUGCCGCCGCCGUCACUCGAGGGCGCUCAGCGGAGCGGAAGCUUCUCCGCCGUAUUCUGGUCAUAUUUUUCAGUCGGGUUCAUUGGUCUCUGCCAGACUGGGAGCAGCCUGUCCUCGACCCCAACUGGAGUGCCGACUCUGUGAUCAUGCCGGAGCAGUUGACCCCAGAAGUUCAAGCGUUCAAGGAUGCGCGUUUGCGUGAAUUGGGAAAGCGCAUUCGACGAUGGUUUCGAUACCGGGACCCGUACGCUCGUAUGGUGAUCAGACUUUCCGGCUAUGCACCCCCUCGCAAAGCGCGGCAGGCCUUCCAACAAUACAUGGUUGAGUGCUACCGCUCCGACGUGGCUCCUAUGGUCCAGCUUCGUUGGGCUCAAAAACAACAACAAGACCCCGCGUAUAUCAAUGUUCGACCCCGGGCCGGCUUUCGCGCUGCUGUGGCAAAGGAGAUGUUCGGUGCGCUUUCCCGACUGGAGCAACAAGGCUAUGCGGAAAGAGCAAAAGUGUUGGCUGCAGCCGAAAAAGCGGCUUUUGAAAACGCACUCAGAGAAGCCCCCUCGAUGACCCCCGAAGCCCGUCUAGCUGCGCUGAAUCGCUUGCCCGAUUUUAUCGCGCCAAUUCUCCAGGAAAUCUACAACGUCACAGGAUGUCAUUCAACUCUUAUUGUCGGCGGUCCCCACCCCGAGUUUGGCGGUCAAAUCACAACCACCCACAUUUCCUUCGGUCGCAGCCUUAAUGCUGGGCAUUCCCACUGGGCUGAAUACGAUCCCCUGCGUUUUGAGAGGGAUGUUCUGGGCUUCUACGUUGAUUUCCUCAAGACAACGUAUACUGAACGAGACUGUGUUGCUGCUGCCUUGCCCAACCAGCCCGCUCGCACCAAGCCUGGAACAUCAAUGGGGACAGCAGACGAAGACUCGGAUGCAGACACGAGCCCAAAUAUCGACUCUGAAUCGGACUCUGAGGAUGAAGAGAUUUCGGACUUGGAGAGCGACACCGAGCUGAAUCGUUCCAAAAAGAGACGGCGUCAUGGUCAAAAUGCCCCCCCUCCUCCACAUCCACGCACAUCGUUCCCGGUCACUUCCGCUGUUUCCAAUUCCUCGCCGGCGGGAAUGCCACGCUUGCCCAUGAUUCCUUUGAUUUCCAUGCACUCGCAGUCGCAGAACGGUGUCACUAAUGAAUUCACGUUCUCAUCGGCCACUCAAUCGAACCAGAACUCGGUGAUGAAUUAUCCAUCGGUUACGCAGUCCGCCCACGUGACCGAGUCAUUGACUAUGGGCUCGACUUGGCUUCCCUCUUCAACACUGACGGCCCCUGCCCCUGCCCCUGCCCCUGCCCCAGCCCUUGACUUCGCCAAAAAGCCGCUCUUCUUCCCAUCCCCUUCUCCCUCCCCAUCACGGUCUUCGUCGCCGUCACUUCAUGGAGACGCGACUACGUUUGCAGCUUCAAUGGAUCCAAAUCCGACUUACGCCAACUCAUUCGCCCCGGCAUUCUUACCCCAAUCGACAUCUCCCCCAUUUACAUCUAUAUCCGCCACCACACCUCCAUCGAACUCGUCAAAUGCUUACGCUUACUCGGACUCGUUUACUCCGUUCAACGAGGCCCCCCAGACUUCAUCGUCGAGUUGGCAUGAGCCAUUCUUCCGCCCAAAUGAAGCGACAUCUCGUGGCCUCUCUUCAGGUUCAUCGCUGGCCAGCUCAUCAUCACUGUCCAACGCCCUAACACUGCCCACAUCAGCAGCCCAACCUCGCGCCACCAUUGCUAGUCGCGUGGCCCUCCAAGCCAUCCUCGAACACGAGUCAAUGCCACCUUCGGUCCCAGAAAAGCCGGUGUUCCCUUCUUCGGUUUCCCCUCCAUCCACAUUGCCCCCAUCGAGCUCAUCGUCUGUCGUGUCUCCUGUAGCGGCGGCUACGAAGACAAAGACGGUGGAACCACGUCGUCGCACGCGCAAAGCAACACUACAGGACCACGACAUGACCCAACCUCCGCCUUGCCCCUCGAAUGCUAAGGAAUGGUUUCAGCGUGCUCUGGAUCGCGUUACCAAACCGCCUCACUUUUCAACCACUGCGAUGUUUUCGCUGCCAUCGACGGGGCGACCAAAUAUCCUCACGCGUUGGAAACGGUCUAACCCAGACAAAGCCCCCAAAGUCGAGAAUAUCCCGGCUUUCAAAGCGGAGUACACAGCGUGGUGGGACAGUAUGCAGCCACAGUGGCGCAAACGCACUGCUGAUAGUCUUGGAUGGCAAACAAGCGGAAAUUAUGGUGGUGGCGCCGAUUGGGGCGACCUGUACACCUGGGGCUCUGACGGCUUUGUGUACAUUGUUUCGGCAUUGUACAUCUGGGGGUGUGAGGUCCAUGGCACCGCAGAAGAGGCAGAUUGGGUUGUAUCAACGGAGGACGCGUGCUGGAUGAUGGAGGGAAUGGCGACCUACUACGAAGAGUUUAAUUGGAACAAGUAG